AUGAGCAGUCUCCUCCAAGCCAAGCCCCACCUCACAGCAGCCCUCUCUUUCCUCGCAUUCGGUGCCAGUGCUUGUCGUAAUAUCAUCGAGUCGUCCGAAGGAGCACCAGGACCUCCACAGAGAACAGAUAAGUCAGCCUUGCUUUCAGAGUGGCCGGGUUCAAAUGGGAUCAAGCGCGAAACGCAGAAAACGCACUGGGUGACUUCGCUUGUGGCGCUGCAGGUUGAUGUUCCCGUUGCACAGCUGGUGAGGUGUGGAAUAAGCGAAGUCGGAGACGCAUAUGAUCUUGCAAGGAAUCUGUUCUCUGCGUUCCUUGACGCUCGAGCAAGAGGGCUGGAAGCGUGGUUCCUGGAUAAAGAUGUUCCGCAACUAUCCUUCACUCCGUGGAGCUUGUUGUUUGGGAGGUCACAUAGUGCGGGGGCGUUUAUGCUAGGUCACUGGAGCUCUGCACGAAGGAUACAGCUGGACCAACCUAUUCUACACUCUGAAACGGCUAACCCUAUCUGCGAAUUCCGGCCGAGCAAGGCGAUGAUCACGGCCAGCAACAUAAAUGCAGAAACAGACGCAGCAGGAACCGUCCUCUACUGGAAGUUUCCACGCCGCUCAGUCGAUCAAGUCGACAAAGCGGCCUCUUAUGGAAUCCCCUGGCGAUUGAUGGAAGGCGCAUUCCAGGAGUUCAUUGUGGAGAAGAUCACAAGUGAGACAACGAAAGUUACAUAUGUGACCGUUGGGUGCGGAAAUAUGUAUCCCGGCGGACAAAGGGAAAGGACUUCAAAAGGUGCCGUGGUGGUUGUAUAA